GUGUGAGUUGCGUGCGUGGGGGAGACGACCGACCAGACCAAGUCGUCGGGCGCAACAACUCCCACUUCCACUUGUACUAACCUUCACUGUGGCGCAACAAACAAAUCCCAAAUUGCUUCACUAAUUCCAUUUCCCUUCCCUUCCCUUCCCUUCCCUUGUGUAUCAAUCGCGCCCGCACACACGUCCUCUUCGUCGGAACAGCGACGGCCCGCGCCGAGCAGGGGUGCGAGGGAGAGGCGGCGGCGCAGCUCAUCUGCUGAGGUCCAACCUGUGAUCAACCAACACGCCCACCGUCUGCAAAGGGGGAUUUUCGAUCAAUCGAUUCUACUCGUGCGGAGGAAGAGAUGGCCGAUCCGUUCAGCCUCAUAAUGGAGAUCCUGGAUAUCGGGUUCAAGAUCAAGAGCGCGCUGGACAACGCCAAACACAACAUGGAGGAGUGCCCCAAGAUCGACGCCCUCCUGCUCAGCCUCAGCGCCAUCGCCAAGCACCUGCAGGGGUCGCCCAAGAUCAUGGAGCACCACUUGAUGAGGGACACGGCCAAGAGCCUAGACAAGACCCUGCAGCUCGCGUCCGAGCUUGUCGCCAAGUGCAAGGCCAAGGGGUUCCUGGACCGUGUUUUAAACGCCAAACACGUCGCCGAGAAGCUGCGCGGGGUCUGCCACGAUGUGCAGCUCAACAUGAACGCCGUGCUGCUUGCCAACGGUGUCUUGAACAGCUCGGAGCUGGCCGAGCUUAAGGAAAUUGUGGCCAAGAUUCUGCAUAUUGUUGCUACACAGCCCGCUGUUCAUCUGCAAGAAGAGGUGGAAAAAUUGGUGGAGGACGACCAGAUCAGUUCUCAAAUUAAGAACAAAGGGAAGGCAAAGAAAACAGCUGCAGCUACUUCUCAAGACAAAAACAAAGGGGAGGCAGACAAAACAGUUGUUGCCAGGCCAGAAGAUAAGAUUGAGAAGAAAAAGAAGAAGCUACGGCGUAGCACGGUGGUGCCACAUGCUUCCUUACAAGAUGAUUUAGCUGAGUCCACUUCAGCGACCAGUAUGGUUGGACAAGAUGAUGGACCUAGUACUAUUAUUAUCAAUAAGGCAAGUAGCUCUAUCUCCAAGUUGGAGGACGAGGCACAGUCAGUGGGAGUUUCUGCAGCACCAUUAUUCCAUCCGCAGAAAAUAAUCAGCAUAUCCAGAGAGACAGGCGGAUAUAAGAUACAACCCCCUUCCCCUGAGACUAGCAAGCUUCUUGAGGUCUACCCGCAGCGGCUUCUCUUCCCCUUGGAGCCAAAAAACAAGGAAACUACUGGAUCUGGAUGCCCAGUGACCCUAACCAACAAUACAGACAAUUACGUUGGCAUCUGGAUUAAACCAAUAAAUGAAAAAUUUAAAGAAACAAAGAUAAUGGAGCCCCAUUCGACUUUUGUUGUGUAUGCGACAAUGAAGAUGCAUGCACAACCUCCGAAAGACACGGUCGAGUUUGAGGUGCUCAUGAUUAUCGUAGAGUCGAAGGGAGACCACGGAAAAUUGGAGUCAUCCAUUUCUGGCAAGCUGAAAAUGGACAGUGGCUUUAUGGUAAAUGUUAAGAACCUUAAGGCAGAGGUGUAUCAUGCAAUGCUGACAGCUAUCACUUGUGAGCCAGCAAGCUGCCAGAUCAUAUCAAGAUCCAUAGAGAAUAUGACCUUGGUGACAUCCAUUGACGCGCACCCCACUAAGCCAUGGAUUGUGACGGGUCAUGAGGGAGGGAAUUUUUCCAUUUGGGACUACCAGAAGCAGGAAACUGUGAUGAAGUUGCAGGUCAAUAAGGUGCCAGACAAGACUACACUCAUGUUCCAUGCCUUGUCUCAGCGCAUCAAAGUGAGGCCUCCCAAACAUUCCCUUUUUUCAGUCAAAUUUAUCGCUGAAAGGAAAUGGUUGGUAGUGGGGGAUGGUGACGGAUACAUCUAUGUCUAUGAUUACACCAACACUGAGCUGCACAUGGUCAAAAAAUUCGAAGCUCAUGAUAAGAAAUCUGUGAACUCUCUGGCUGCUCACCCAACAGAGCCAUACCUUCUUUCAUCAUCUACUAUUGGUACAAAUAUCAAGGUUUGGGACAGGAGCAAUAAGUGGAAGAUAUUUCGAAAUUUCAACACGAAACCUGAGAUUGCAUAUUACAAUGGUGUGCGCAGUGUCAAGUUGAAUCCAAGGGAUACCAACACUUUUGCUUGUGUUACCCGUUAUGACGGAGUAAAGGUCGGGAACAUCAAACGACCUUCCAGUCUUGAAACCACACUAACGGGGUCAUUCGUCAUGGCCGAUUAUUUAUUCACUCGCGGUGAUGAGCACUUGAUGGUUACUUUGAGAUUUGACUCACACAACUCUGAGAUAUGGGAUUUGAAGACACAAAAAGUUGUUCACACUCUUAGCGUGAGUGGGCACAAAACGACCUGGGUUGCUUGCCACCCAAAGCUUCCAAUACUGGUUACAAUGCUAGAUGACGGGACAGUAUGUUUGUGGGAUGCCAGUACCUACAGGCUUGAGAAAAUGGUUCACAUUACCGACAGCAAGUGCUGUGAUUUGGUAUUUGUCCCACACACAAAUGGCCCACUCAGGCUCGCUAUCGCAUUUGAGACAAUGAUAGCAAUCAUGGAGGUUAAUUUGCCAAUUGCGAAUACAAGCAAUGCAAGUGGACUAAUAACGGGAACUAACUAGGAACGACCUCACCAGGAGGCAAGGCAACGAAGUCCAUCACGGAGAUUGGGAUAAUGUAUUUAUGUAUUUGGCGAAUUGAUAUUUCCUCUUGUAAUUGAUAUUGUAAAAUACUGUUGUGGAUAAGAAUACUUUUGUGAGCAUUGCAAUAUUGUUAAUAUUUUUCUGAAUUU